ACACCCUAACAGCAAAACACAGGAGCCCCGGCGAGGAAAACUGAGCCAUUAAUGAUGGACCUCAAAGGUCUUCAUCUUCUGUCUCUUCUUCUGCUGUCCCACGGAAUUCAUCUUGUUCAAGGAAGUUGUGCCAGUAAUGAGUUUAAAUGCACCAAUGGACAAUGCAUUAACACAGAAUGGAGGUGUGAUGGAACUAAAGACUGCACAGAUGACUCUGAUGAGCUGAACUGCCCUCCUCCAUCAUGCAGCUCACAGGAAUUCAAGUGUGUGACAAGUGGUGAAUGCAUCUCACUGGGAUUUGUCUGUGAUGGGGAGGAAGACUGCAUCGACGGAUCCGAUGAACAAAGAACCUGUGGUGGACGCACCUGCAAGCCUGACCAGUUCACCUGCCGGGAGGGCCAGUGCAUCCCCAGCAAAUACAGAUGUGACCGUGUGAAGGACUGCAUGGACAACUCUGACGAGAACAAUUGCAAUUAUCCCCAGUGCACUCAGAAGACUUGUGCUAACGGAGCCUGUUACAAUAACUCUCAGCACUGCAAUGGGCUACAAGACUGCAGAGAUGGAUCUGAUGAGUUCAACUGCACCACCCACCACUGUCCCUUCCACCAGUUUGAGUGUGCAAACGGCUUCUGCAUCCCAUAUGCGUUUGUGUGCGACCACUGGGAUGACUGUGGGGAUAACAGCGAUGAGCAAGGCUGUGAAUAUUCAAGCUGCCGUGGCAGCGAGUUCACUUGUUCCAGUGGCCGCUGCAUCCCUCAGAACUGGGUGUGUGACAGGUUCAACGACUGUGGAGACUUCAGUGAUGAGAGGGGAUGUGAUAGUGACUCUCGAGACUGUUACCCUGGUGAGUGGGGCUGCCCAGGCUCAACUGCAUGCAUACCAGUGGGUAAAGUGUGUGACGGCAAACCUGACUGCCCUGGAGGAACAGAUGAGACCAACACCACAGCAGAGCAAACAUGCGGCCUGGAUCGGUGCUCCGCCUUGAGCUGCGAGUAUCUCUGCCACCCUUCUCCUCAGGGUGGCGCUUGUUACUGCCCUGAAGGAUUUAUAGUAGCAAAUGACAGCCGCUCCUGUGAAGACUACAAUGACUGUGAUAUCUGGGGGAUCUGUGACCAGCUCUGUGAGGAUCGUCCUGGGACACACCACUGUAGCUGUGCAGAUGGAUACUUCCUGGAACAGGGUCACGUCUGCAAAGCCAAUGUGACAGCUGGACUGCCACAGCUAAUUUUUACCAAUGGAGGUGAUGUGAUGAUGGCUGAUAUUCACGGACGCUUUGUCAGAACUCUGGUGCCGGCCCAGGGCAGAGGUUAUGCUGUAGGGGUGGCCUACAACAUUCGAAGCAAUUUAGUCUUCUGGAGUGAUACAAAUACCAAAAAGGUUUAUUCUGCCAGCUAUAACGGGGAAAACAUUAAGGAAAUUCUGACUGCUGCAGUCCCAAAUGUCCAAAACCUUGCAAUGGACUGGAUCAACUUCAAACUCUAUGUCUUGGAUGCCACUCUAGAGCGAAUUGAUAUGUGCGACUUUGAUGGAGGGAAUCGAGUCACGCUGUUGGCUGAAAACUUGGAGACUCCUCAUGGCCUCGCCCUGGAUCCUACAGUGGGCUACAUGUUUUUCACAGACAUGGGUGCCGACCAGGAGAAGACAAAGCUGGAACGGGCGUUCAUGGAUGGCAGUAACCGUGUGGAGCUCGUCAAAAGCAGGCUCGGCACGCCCACUGCGAUCACCCUCGACAUUAUAACAAAGAGGGUCUACUGGUCCGACAGCCACUUCGACACAGUGGAGACUGUCACAUACAAUGGUUUGGACAGGAAAAUAGUCCUCAACGGUGCAACACAGUCUCCGCAUCCUUUUGGGAUGGCUGUGUUCGAAAACCACGUCUUCUUCACUGACUGGGUCAAGAUGGGGGUGAUCAGAUCCAAUCGGUUUAAUGGCAGCAAUCCGACGCUCCUCUAUCGUACAGCCAGUCGGCCAGGACACGUUGUCAUCUCACACUCUGUCGUUCAGCCUCUUGUGAAGAACCCAUGUGGCAGACACAACGGCGGCUGUCACCAUAUUUGUGUUUUAAGUCACAGCUCAGAUAAUGAUGGUUUGGGCUUCCGCUGUAAGUGUCGCUAUGGUUAUGACCUGCAGUCUGACCAUCGAAACUGCUUUAAGGUGAAGGACUACUUGUUGGUGGCAUCCUCUCUGGCCGUGCGGGGAAUCCCACUGAACUUAUCUCUCCAGGAGGACAUCACUCUUCCACUAAAUGGACUCGGACCCUCCUUCUCUGGCUCUGCUGUGGAAUUUGAUGGGAACGAGGAGGCUGUGUUUUACAAUGACAGGUCCAAAGGACUCAUUUACAAGUCAAACCUCAACGGCACUGCUCAGCAGAUUUUGACCGGCAAAAGAGUGGGAAUUGUUGAUGCGAUGGCUUACGACUGGACCUCCAAGGUUUUGUUCUGGACCACAUCAACGCACAGGGCGGUGGUGGCUUUCAGAGUCACAGACAAGUCCAAAAAAGACAUUGUUACUGGGCUGAGAUCCCCAAAGGGUAUUGCAGUGCAUCCAAGUGCAGGAUACUUGUUCUGGUCUGACUGGUAUCGUCCCGCUGUCAUAACGAAAGCCUUCACUGAUGGCAGCAAUGCUGUUCCUCUGGUCAACACAACUCUGGGAUGGCCAUAUGGACUCGCUCUGGAUUAUGUAAUGGACAGGUUGUACUGGGUGGAUUCCCUCCUCGAUCAGGUUGGCCACAUUAGCAUUCAGGGAACUGACAGACGGACAUUUACCAGCAUCGGCCAGAUCACUCAGCCGUUCUCUUUGACAGUUUAUUCAGACUACCUGUAUAUAUCUGAUACAAGGACCAGAGCAAUAUUUGAGAUGAGGAAGAGGGAUGGAGGAGGAAGCAUUAUGAUCAGACAAGGAGUCACCGGCAUAAUGAACAUCAAGGCCUACUCAGCUGACCUCCACAGCACCUUAACCAGCCGCUGUAAAACAUUACCUAAUGGACUCUGCAGCCACUUCUGUUUCCCAACUCCAUCCUUCAGCAGAGUGUGUGGCUGCCCGUAUGGUAUGAAGCUUCAGGACAAUCAGAGGGACUGUAUCAAGGACGAUUCUGUCCCUCCACUUGACGACUGUGGUGACUAUGCCUUUGAAUGCGACGAAGGACGCUGCAGGCCCAACUCUUACCGCUGCGAUGGCCUUUUUGAUUGUGUAGAUAAGACCGAUGAGGCCAACUGCACUGAUACAGGAACGACCUGCUCUCCGUUUGCUUUCACCUGCAACAACAAGCACUGCAUAUACUCCACCUGGCGCUGUGACGGCAUCGAUGACUGUGGAGAUGGUUCAGACGAAGUCAACUGUCCCACUCGUGUCCCAACCACAUGUGCAGCUUCCUACUUUACCUGUGAUAACAAUAGAUGCAUCUCCAAAAAUUGGGUGUGUGAUGGUGAAAAUGACUGCGGUGAUGGCUCUGAUGAACAAAACUGCAAUGCAGACAUCACCACAUGCCCCCCUAGCUUCUUCUUGUGCCCCGACCACCGCUGUAUCAACAAUUACUAUGUGUGUGAUGGAGACCAGGACUGCUUGGAUGGCUCAGAUGAGAACAACUGUGAGUUUUCCUGUCCGUCCUAUGAAUUUGCCUGUGCCAGCGGGGACCAGUGUGUCAGCUCCUAUUAUCGUUGCGAUGGCGUGUUCGACUGCAGGGACCAUUCAGAUGAACGAAACUGUCCCACUCGAGGUCCGGGCCUUUGCCACAAUGACGAGUUCCAAUGCCAGACGGACGGUUUCUGCAUACCAGCUGACUGGGAGUGUGACGGCCAUCCAGACUGCGAGGAUGGUUCCGAUGAACACAAUACAUGCCCGGCUGUCACCUGCAUAACCAGCAACUUCCAGUGCACCAAUAAAAUGUGCAUUCCAAUGAGCUGGUUGUGCGACGGUGAAAAUGACUGUCGGGACAUGAGUGAUGAGCAGAACUGUCCGACCCCUCCCUUCAGCUGUCCUUCUGGACAGUGGCUGUGCCCCACCGACCAGGUGUGCAUUGACUUAGACAAGGUGUGUAACGGCCAAAGAGACUGUCCCAAUGGAGCAGACGAGUCACCAAUCUGCAAUGAAGAUGACUGUGCACUGAACAAUGGAGGCUGCAGUGACGGCUGUAUCCAAGGACCAUUUGGAGCUCAGUGUACCUGCUCACCAGGGUUUCAGCUGCUCAAUGACUCCAAGACGUGUGAUGAUAUCGAUGAGUGCCUGAUCCCUGGUUUCUGCAGCCAGCAGUGCUACAAUGAGAGGGGGAGCUUCAGGUGCCACUGUUCAGGUGGUUACCUCCUAGAGCCCGAUGGACGCACAUGCAAAGUUACAGACCCACAUGCUGCUGUUCUUUUGGUUGCAAAACGUAGUCAGAUCAUGGCCAACAAGCUCAUCAUGAGACCACCCGUGAUCUAUCCAGUGGCCACCGGUUCAAGCAUCGUGACUGUGGACUUUGACCGUGAGACUUCCAGAAUCUACUGGGCUGAUGCCACAGAGAAAAAGAUAUGGAGCGCCUUUCAGAAUGGUACAGAAAAACGAGAGGUGUUUUCUGGUGGUUUAAUGGUACCAGAGAGUAUUGCUGUGGACUGGAUCGGUCGGAAUCUUUAUUGGACUGACUCUGUUCAAGAAAACAUUGAGGUUUCCACUCUGGACGGUAAAUAUCGGAAGGUCCUCUUGACCAAAAAUAUAACCAGCCCCCGUGGACUUGUUUUAGAUCCUCGCAACCACACUUACCUGAUGUUCUGGUCAGACUGGGGUCAGAACCCCAGAAUUGAGCGAGCCAGCAUGGAUGGAGCCACAAGGCAAGCCAUUGUCAGCACUAAGGUCUAUUGGCCCAAUGGUCUAGCUCUGGAUUACACCACACGCAGAGUCUACUUUGCAGACGCUUACUUAAAAUAUAUUGACUACUGUGAUUAUGAUGGCAGAAACCGCCAUCAGGUCAUGGCAAGUGAUGUGGUUCUCCAGCACCCACAUGGUAUGACUAUAUUUGAGGACAGCGUCUACUGGUCGGAACGCUACACCAGCAAGGUGGUUAGUACGAACAAGUUCCACGGUGGAAACAUCACUGUUCUUUUUAAUAAUAUCUACCAGCCAAUGGGUAUUGUUAUGGACCAUCCAAUCAAACAGCCAGCAGCCAUCAACCCUUGCAGAGAGCAUCUUUGCACACAAUUGUGCCUGCUGUCUACCCUGAGACCGAGGUACUAUACCUGCCACUGUCAGUCUGGAUGGAAACUGGAUUCAGACCAACGCACCUGUAUCAAAGACGAGUCUCCCUUCUUGAUGGUGGUCAGGGACUCUGUGAUUUUUGGCAUUCCUCUGGACCCCACCGACACAUCCAACAAUGCUAUGGCUCCCAUAUCUGGCAUCAGCAUGGGACAAGACAUAGACUUUGAUGAUCAGGAGCAGUAUGUCUAUUGGGUGCAGAGCCCUGGUUCAAUUUGGCGAAUCAAAACCAACGGCAGUGACAGAGCUCAAUUUGCUCCGGCUGCUUACAUGGGUUCGCCAUCUGGUCUGGCAUUUGAUUGGAUAAGCCGCAUAAUGUAUUAUACUAAUCCCACCAGCCGGACCAUUGAAGUUAUCCGUGUAGAUGGAAAUGAGAAAUACAGGAAAACACUCAUUGCCUCAAAUGGCAAACCAGAGGGAGCAGGAGAGCCUUUUGGAAUUGCUUUGGAUCCAGUCCACGGGAAACUGUUUUGGACAGACAAAGGGUCGAAUAAUGGUGUUCCUCCAAAGGUUGGCAGCGCUGAUAUGGAUGGAGGCAACCUGACGAAUCUUUACACCGGCAACCUGGCAAACAUUGGGUUUAUUACUGCCGAUAUCUCCACCUUGAAACUGUACUGGGGAGUGUCAGGGUCAGGGGUGAUUGAAUGUGGCACCAUGGACGGAGUGACCCGUGUCACAGUGGUUAGCGGCCUGUCCCAUCCGUGGGGACUUACAGUCUACCAGAGCUACCUCUACUACACCGACCUGGACUAUGAGGUCAUUGAGAGGGUGGACAAAGAAAAUGGAGCCAAUAUGGUGGUGAUGCGGAGCGGCAUAUCCAACCUGCAUGCCCUUAAAGUCCAUGCCAGAGACAACUCAGCAGGAACUACAAAUGGCUGUAGCUCUAACAACGGAGGCUGUCCACACCUCUGUCUUCCCAAACCUGGAAAUCAGAAGACCUGCGCCUGCACCACAGGAUUCUACCCCUCUCCUGAUGGUACCCGCUGUGAAGAGUAUGAAUCAUUUGCUGUCGUCGCCACGACUAAGUACAUCCGUGGCUUCCACAUAAACAGCUCGGACCAUUCUGAGGCAAUGGUGCCUAUUGGUCGAUCAAUUUAUUCCACUAAGAACAAGCUGGACCUCCAUAUUGAAUCUGGAUUUGUUUAUUGGAGUGAAGACAGCAGCUACUCGUCAUACAGAGGCAUCUUCAGGGCCAAAACAGAUGGAGGAAGUUUCAGCCGUGUCAUCAGUUCAGGCGUUGGAUCAGGAGGCAUUCAGGGUUUGGCUGUAGACUGGGUUGCAGGCAAUAUUUACUUCACCAAUGCCUUUGAAAAACAGACCUUCCUGGAAGUUCUGACCAUCAACACCACCUACCGAAUGGUUCUUCUCAAGAGUUUUGAGGAUCAGCCCAGGGACUUGGCAGUCAGCCCCAAACUCCGCUACUUGUUCUGGACGGAUGGUGGCCAAUCGCCCAAGAUUGAGCGGGCCCUGCUUGACGGGACAAAUCGCACUGUUUUGGCAUCCGAGAGCCUUGCUUCACCUCGUGGUCUAAUUGUUGAUUAUACCAGUAACUUUCUCUACUGGACUGACGAUGUUCUUGAUAUGAUCUCUCGCAUGGCCAUUGAUGGAACACAGCGGCAGAUCAUCCGCUACGGGAGCCGCUAUCCAUCUCCAACAGGGUUGGCUAUUUUUGGAAACUACAUGCUGUGGGUAGAUAAGAAGCUUGAGAAGCUUUUCCAAUCCAGUAAGGAUCCAGCCAAUACUGACCAGCCAGAAGUAAUCCGGGACAGCCUUGAUGGGGGGAUGGAUGUCGCUGUGUUUGACUCUCACGUCCAGCCCACAUCUGCCAACCUGGUCGGCUUCAACCCUUGCCAUGAUAACAACGGACGCUGCCAGCAGCUCUGCUUUGCCAUUCCCGACCAGGAGAGACCUAAAUGCGGCUGCGCUCACGGCUCACUCCUUAGUAACGGUGUAUCGUGUGGUUACGGUCUGGAUGAUUUUUUAGUUUUCACCACAGACUACACGGUGAAUAGUCUAAGAUUAGACCCAACGGAUCACAGCGUUCCUUAUCCAACGGUAGAUUUGGGCUACAAUGUUCUGGCACUGGAUUAUGACUUCAAGGAGAAGCGAAUUUUCUUCACCCAGUUGAUGGGACUAGGUCGGAGCAGGAUUGGCUACAUCACAACAACAUCCAUCACCAACCCUCCUGUUAUCCUGGCCUCGGACUUGGAUCAUCCAGAUGGGCUGGCGUAUGAUUGGAUCCACAAGCGUCUCUACUUUACUGACUACUAUAGGCGUAAUGUCCAGUCGAUUGGACUAGAUGGGCAGAACCGCUCAGUCAUUGCUCACGCAAAUCUUCCCAGAGGCAUCAUUGUUGACCCAUGCUAUGGUUACAUGUACUGGACUGAUUGGGGCACUCCUGCUAAGAUUGAGAGGGCAACGCUAGGUGGGCACUUCCGGAGCCCCAUAAUCAACGACAGUCUGAUAACACCAAAUGGCCUUUCUAUAGACUAUGAGGAGAGAAUGCUUUAUUGGGCUGAUGCAUCGCUUGACAAAAUCGAACGGGCCACCCUGACUGGUGAGAACCGACAGGUUAUCGUCCAGGGAGUCAAGUACCCGUUUUCCAUGACUGUGUUCCAGCAGGACAUCUUCUGGACGGACUGGACGGAAAGGGGUGUUUUUCGGGCAGGAAAGGACGACGGCUCUGGUUUUGCAGUGAUAGCCCAGGACUUGCAGUAUCGACCCAAUGACAUCCACGUCUAUUCAGGUUCUAAGCAGGAGGUGUGCUCCAGCUUCUGUCAGCAGUUUAACGGAGGUUGUAGUCACAUCUGUGUUUCAGGUCCAGUGGGCCCAGAAUGCCAGUGUCCUCAUGAGGGGAGUUGGUACCUCGCAAAUAAUGGCAAAGACUGCAUCAAAGACACAGGGAAACGUUGCCAGCCUGAACAGUUCACCUGCUUGAAUGGUAACUGUAUUUCAGCACGGUGGAAAUGUGACGGCUACAAUGACUGUCAGGACAACUCCGAUGAGCAGGAGAGAGUGUGCGCUUUCCACACUUGCUCAUCCUUGGACUUCACCUGUGACAAUGGUCGCUGCGUCUUAAUGAGCUACGUCUGUGACUACACCAACGACUGCGUUGACAACAGUGACGAGCGGGGCUGCGCCUUCCCCACAUGCAACCCAGCCACUGAGUUCACCUGUUCCAACGGACGCUGCAUUAACUCAGACUAUGUCUGCGACGGACGCAACGACUGUCGAGACAACAAUACCUCUGACGAAAUUGGCUGCCCUGUCCGCAUAUGUCCAGCUGGCCAGAUCAAGUGUGAACACAACAAUAUCUGCAUCUACCCUGAAAAUCUGUGCGACGGCUAUAACAACUGUGGUGACAACAGUGAUGAGAAUCCUCUCUUCUGUGCUGGUCGUACAUGUGCUGCCAAUCAGUUCGGUUGUGACGAAGGAAAGUGCAUUCCUCAGUCAUGGGUCUGUGACUCCAUCACUGACUGCAGUGAUAAGACAGAUGAACCUCCUUCUUGUGCGGACAUAGUCAGAACAUGUGCUACAGAUGAGUUCACAUGUAGCAACGGGAACUGCAUCACUCAAUCAGAUGUUUGUGACGGCAACAAUGACUGCUGGGAUAACAGCGAUGAGGCCCCGGAACUGCAGUGUGGUGACCGCACCUGCAGCUCCAGCCAGUUCACCUGUCCAACCUGGUACCCGGGCCACCCACGCUGUGUGCCAUUGAACUCUGUGUGCGACGGGGAGAAAGAUUGCGCCAAUGCAGCCGACGAGCUCCAGAACUGUCCCAACCGGACCUGCCAUCUGAACGAGUUUGCCUGUGCCAACGGACUUUGCAUCCUCAUCCCAUACCACUGCGACCGUGUGAAUGACUGCGGAGACGGCAGCGACGAGUUGAACUGUAAAUAUGACACCUGCAGCAGCAGCCAGUUCACCUGCAGUAAUGGAGCAUGCAUCCCACCCUCCUACACUUGCGACGGAGAUAACGACUGUCUGGAUGGUUCAGAUGAGGCAGACAGCUUGUGCGUCACGCCGCAGCCGACCUGCUCACCCCAGCAUUACAUGUGCAACUCAGGAGAGUGCAUUGACCUCCAAAAGGUGUGCAAUGGGCAGAAGGACUGCCAGGACAACAGCGAUGAAAAAGGCUGUGGAAUCAAUGAGUGUCUCAACCCACAAGUCCAUAAGUGCGCUCAGCUCUGCACAGACACCCUCACUGGUUAUUACUGCUCCUGCAACCCAGGCUACCGUCUCAUGCCCGAUGGCAAAGCCUGCGAGGACCUGAAUGAGUGCACCAGCACGCCUGCUGUGUGCAGUCAGAUCUGCGAGAACAGCGUUGGGUCGUUCCACUGCAAAUGUGCUCCUGGGUACAUCCGCGAACCAGACGGACGCACCUGUCGUCAGAGCAGCGGCAUCCCCUCAUACCUGCUGUACACCAAUCGCUACUACAUCCGUUAUUUAUUCGUAGAUGGGUCAAAAUCUGGUAUAGUGCAACAGGGGCUCUCCAAUGUGGUUGCAGUAGAUUAUGAUGACUAUGAGAAAUGGAUAUACUGGCUGGAUGUUGGUGCAGGGAAGAUUGAAAGAAAGCGUUUUGAUGGCAGCAACAGGCAGACACUUGUGGAUCACAAUAUCGGAGGAGCUGAAGGCCUGGUAGUAGACUGGGUGGGCAGGAAGCUGUACUGGGUGGAUAGUUAUUACAGCUCAAUUCAUGUGAUGGAGUUGGAUGGACGCUACCAGAAGAAGCUGGUGACUGGAGAGUUCAGAAAUGGAAAUGACACCUAUUUCAUCAGCCGACCACGUGCUGUGGCCGUCAACCCCAAAUAUGGAUGGCUGUACUGGACAGACUGGGGGGAUGAAGCGUAUAUCGGCAGAGUUGGCAUGGAUGGAAAAAACAUCAGUGCCAUUAUCACAACCAAGUUGGAGUGGCCCAAUGCUCUGACCAUUGACUACACCACCAACAAAAUAUUCUUUGCUGAUUCACAUCUUAACUUUUUGGACUUUGCAGACAUGGACGGCCAGAACCGGCACCGGUCCAUUGCUGGCACUCUUCCUCAUGUGUUUGCUGCUUCCCUGUUCGAAGACUGGAUCUACUGGACGGACUGGAACACUCACACUAUAGAGAGAGCGCACAAGUAUACUGGCGAGCAACGCACCAUUAUGGGGAACAACACCCAUCGGCCGUAUGACAUCCGAGUCCACCACCCCUACAGACAGCCAAGAAGUGAGAACCCUUGCUCUUCACAUCACCUUACCUGCAGUCAUUUGUGCCUGAUCGCUCCUGGAGGCCAGGGUGCUUCCUGCGAGUGUCCAGAUCAUUUCAUUGGCUUAGCUGUGGGAUUUAGGAUCCAGUGUGUGGCAGACUGCUCCAGCACCCAGUUCCGCUGCGGGGAUAAUGAGAAAUGUGUACCUAUAUGGUGGAAGUGUGACGGCCAAUCAGACUGCGGCGAUGGCUCAGACGAACCUCUGACCUGCCCACCUAGAUAUUGCCCCAUCGGCCAGUUCCAGUGUCAGGAUGGUAACUGUACCUUCCCCGGUUUCCUUUGCAACGGCCAUCCAGAGUGUCCAGACGGCUCAGAUGAGGACGCUGCUCUUUGCAGUGAUCAUCGGUGUGAGGUUAACCAGUUCCAGUGUAAAAACAAGAAGUGCAUCCCUGUCUCCUGGCACUGUGAUGGAGUAAACGACUGCCCAGACGGCAGCGAUGAGGAUGCCGACACUUGUGCUCAGAGGACAUGCCGACCAGGAGAGUUCAAGUGUGCCAAUGGCCGCUGUCUACCUUCGAGCUACGUUUGCGAUGCCCAGGAUGAUUGUGGAGAUGGGUCAGAUGAGCCGUACGAAACCUGCAUGGGUCCAGACUACAAGUGUGAUGAAGACACCGAGUUCUCCUGCAAGACAAACUACCGCUGUAUUCCUCAGUGGGCCCGCUGCGACGGCACAAACGACUGCAUCGACAACAGCGACGAGGAAGGCUGUGAGGAGCUGACCUGUGACCCUCUGGGAGAUUUCCGCUGUGACAACCACCACUGUGUUCCCAUACGAUGGAAGUGUGACGGCACUAACGACUGUGGCGAUGGAUCCGAUGAGCGAAAUUGCGAGCCAAGGUCUUGCACUGAAAGCGAGUUUCGAUGCGACAACGCUCAGUGCAUCCCUGGAAACUGGCAGUGCGACCAUGACAACGACUGCGGAGACAACUCAGAUGAACGAGACUGCGAGCUGCUGACGUGUCGCCCAGGGUUCUUCCAGUGUGACUCUGGUCACUGCAUCCCCACGGCGCUGCAGUGUGAUGGCCGGGCCGAUUGUCUGGAUCUGUCUGAUGAGACCAGCUGUCCUACUCGUUACCCAGGAGGCCGGUGGUGUCCUCCUUUUCAGUUCCAGUGUGCGAACCGGCUGUGUGUGAGUCAGAGCUGGGUGUGUGAUGGCGUUGACGACUGUGGAGAUCGCUCCGACGAAGUGCUCAGUCUUUGCUUGAACGUCACAUGUGAGAUGCCGUCCAGGUUCCGCUGUGCAAACGGCUACUGCAUCUACUCAGGCCUGCUGUGCAAUAAUAAGGAUGACUGUGGAGACGGCAGCGAUGAAAAGGAAGACCUCUGCCGUGAGCCCACUCUGCCCCCCUGCACGCUGGACCAGUUCAAAUGUACCAACGGACACUGUGUUGCCCUGCCGUUCGUCUGUGACCACAAUGACAACUGUGGAGACCGCACAGAUGAAAUGGGCUGCAAUUUUGGGCAAGAUCGAAACUGCGACGAGAAGCUGUGCCAGCACGAGUGCACCAACCUGAACGGUACAGGCUUCAUCUGCUCCUGCAGGUCCGGAUAUGAAGUGGACCCAGACAGCACCUACAACUGCAUUGACAUCAACGAGUGUAAAGAGUAUGGUACCUGUCCUCAGGUCUGUAAGAACACUAAAGGGAGCUACGACUGCGAGUGUGCAUCUGGCUACAGGAAAGUGGGUGAUGGCAAGAUGUGUGAGGCUGAAGGAGCUGCUCCUCUGCUGCUGCUCCCUGAGAGCAUUCGGAUCAGGAGGUUCAACCUGCAGACAGAAACCUACCACGACUUCCUCCAAGAGGAGGAGCGCAUCAUGGCUCUGGACUACGACUGGGACCACAACAACACUGGAUUCAGCAUGGUGUACUUCACUGUUGCUGGUAAGGACUCUGAAGCCGGUGCCAUUAAGAGAGCGUACAUACCUUCAGUGGAUGAUGGCAGUAAUAACAUUGGUGCUGCUGUUGACCUCGGUAUCAAAUACGUCACAUCACCAGAUGGCAUUGCUGUAGACUGGGUGGGCGGAAACCUUUACUGGGCAGAUUCCAGGCUAAGGAGGUUAGAGGUGGCCAUGUUGGAUGGACGCUACAGGAAGCAUCUUGUUAAGACUGAUUUGGGGUACCCAUCUGCUGUGGCGGUCAACCCUCGGCUCGGAAUGCUGUACUGGGCAGACCGAGGGGACGCAGCUAAGAUUGAGUGUUCGUGGUUGGACGGACAGGAGAGAAAGGUUCUAGUGGCUGACCGCCUGGGUUGGCCCACUGGCCUGUCAAUCGACUUCACCAACGGAGACAGAAUUUACUGGUCGGACUCGAAGGAAAGUCACAUUGAGUCUAUUCUGCCUUCAGGAGAGCAACGCAAAACGGCUGUUUUUAUAGAUGUGAGAAACCCCUUCAGCGUGAACGUAUUUGAGGACCACGUUUACUGGAGCACUCAGGAGAAAGGCGAGGUGUUCCGACAGGACAAGUUUGGCCGCGGAGACAAAGUUAAACUGCUCACUGCUGGACCCUGGCUGACUCAGACCUCUGUGUACCAGCAGCAGAGAUACAACUCCCUGGCCAUAAAGAAUCCAUGUAAAGGAACCUGCAGCCAUCUUUGUUUGCUCCGGCCUGGGGGCUACACCUGCGCCUGUCCCGAGGGCACCAGCUUCAUCACCGGCAGCAACACAGAAUGUGACGCCGGGUUUGAUCCACCACCUACCAUGCCACCGCCAUGCCAGUGUCAAAAUGGAGGCACGUGCUACUUUGACGACAACAAGGCUCUUUGCAAAUGUGCUCCUGGGUGGAAGGGAGACUACUGCCAGACCAGCGAAUACAACGUGGUUGCAUCCUCAGUUGGAAUAGCCAUCGGGGUGACAGUGCUGAUUGUGGCCCUUUUGGUUGCUCUGGUAUUCGCCUUCAGGAAGAAGUCCAACGUUAUAGAGAGGCUGCAGAGCAGCUUACCCAGCAUGCCAUCCAUGCCCACUUUUUCAAGCUUCAGGAAUGGAUUCACCCAAAAUGCACCAAAAACAGAAGAUGAUGAAUUGAGGCAGAACUCAGAUCCAGUUCCCUGCAUCUCUGUGUCAAUGAUUGACACGGAGGUGAAGAGCUUUGAGAACCCGGCGUACGAAGCUGAAGGACAGCUUGGCUCAAACAGCAGGUCGACGGCCACCUCUGUUCCUGCUAAACCACACAAGGAGAACAUUAGUAACCCCCUGUAUGCGGAGGGUGGUCAAGCUGUGGACAAUCCCACCAGUUCAUCUAAUUCUGGCAUUUCUCCUGAGGAGGCUGUUGGCCCAGUUGCAGAGGACGCUAACGCUGCACUAAGCUCACAGGUAGCCAUGGAGCAAAUUAAAGCUGCUCAGGAUGAGGGUUCAGUCUCUUUCCAGAAUCCCAUCUACACGGAAUACCAACAGGAGCCUGCCUCUGAUUCUGACGUUUGAGACGACCUCUGACCCUCUGGGUAGAUGGGAGAAGGUUUCAGGGUCAUAAAUCCACCUGGAGAAAUAAUGGAGAAUAAAUACAGUAUUUUGUGGCACCUUUAGAUGUAUUUUAACUUCAGUGAAGGUAUUUGCUUAAACAUAAUCUGAAAGAUGUGAUUUGUUAUUGCUAAAAUUAGGCUGGUCCACUUCAGUGAACACCGUAAAUCAAAGCUUUUAGAUCUUUAUAAUUAAGAGUUUGUAUCUUUUUGUACAUUUUAAUUUCAUGAAACUUCUUUUAUUAAACAGCUUUUACCAUUA